CCCAUCAACUCUUCUGCGUACUGCAAACUGAACUACAAGAGGAGUUCAUGAGAGCAGGCGUCCGAAACCCCAUCCGUAACAACGCCGAUCACCCUACCUGAGGUCGACAGCAGCCAAGAUGGACGAGAAACAAUUGCAGGUUCCCACUGCACCGAAUCCAAUCAAAACAACGACCAAAAUUCGAGAAACAUUCUCAAGAGACUUGGAUGAUGCGUAUGAACUUUACAGACGACAGGAUUCUACGGAUAUCGACCCCGACGAAGCCCGUCGGGUGUUGAAGAAGAUCGAUUGGCAUGUCUUGCCGAUCUUGAUGAUGACGUACAUGCUCCAGUUCCUCGACAAGUCAAGUAUCAACUUUGCCAGUGUCUAUGGUCUCAAACAAGGCACAAACCUACAUGGGCAAGACUACUCAUGGCUAUCUUCGAUCUUCUACUUCGGAUAUCUGUUCGCCCAAUACCCAGCCGGCUACCUCCUGCAACGCCUCCCCAUCGGCAAGUUCAUCGGCAGCACAGCCAUCGGCUGGGGAAUCCUCGUCAUCACCACGCCCGCAUGCAGUUCAUUUGCCGGUAUAGCCACGAACCGCUUCCUUCUAGGCGUGACGGAAGCUGUUGUGAACCCAGGAUUCGUCCUCAUCAUGGCAAUGUGGUACAAGCAACAAGAACAGCCCCUCCGCCUCGUAACCUACUACAGCAUGAAUGGCGUAGCCGGCAUCUUUGGCGGGCUGCUCGGCUACGCCAUUGGCCAUAUCACCUCGGGCCUCCCGCAGUGGAUGUACGUGUUCCUGAUCUUCGGAUCCAUCAGCUUAACCUGGGGCAUUGGCUUCGUCUUCCUGAUGCCCGAUAUACCGUCCUCCGCACGGUUCCUCACCGAAGCGGAGAAAGUGGUCGCUGUGGAGCGGGUGGCGGCCAACCGCCAGGGCGUCAAGAAUCACCAUUUUAAAAGGUACCAGAUGUGGCAGGCCGUAAGGGAUCCCAAGACCUGGAUUCUUUUGGUCAUGUCGAUUGCGGCGCAGAUUCCGAAUGCAGCGCAGACGAGUUUCACUUCCAUCGUGUUGGAAACCUUUGGCUUUGAUGUGCUCGAGACGCAGUACAUGCAGAUCCCCGGCUCUGUCAUCCAAAUUGUGUCCCUGCUGGCAUCCGGGUACAUCAGCUCUCGCUUCCCUAACAUGCGAUGCGUAACGAUGCUCGUGGGCAACACGAUCUGCGUCAUCUGCGGUGCCGCUCUAGUUGGGCUCUCGCCAGGCCCAGAUGGCACCGACAACAAAUGGGGCAGGCUCGUUGCGCUCUGGUUGUGCUCUUUUCAGUCUGUUGGAUUCAGUAUGAGUUUGACCAUGGUGAGCAGCAAUGUGGCUGGGUAUACCAAGAAGCAGAUUACUGGGGCUUUCCUGUUUGUGGGAUACUGCAUUGGUAAUAUCAUUGGGCCGCAGACUUUCAUUAAUAAUGAAGCACCAUUCUACCAUUCGGCAUAUAUCGCCAUUCUGAUUGGGUACUCCGUCAAGACGGUCAUGGUCGUUGUGUUGUAUCUGUUUAUGUGGAGCGUGAACAAGAAGAGAGACCGGGAAGCAGCCACCUCAGGGCAUUUGACUGCGGAGGAGGAAAAAGCGGCCAUUGAAGCCGGGAUGCAAGAUGUCACAGAAAUUGACAACAAGGGCUUCCGCUAUGUGCUCUAGCAUAGUAGAGAGUUUGCAGCGUUUGAUUGAGGUAGGCGCAGUGUGACUUCCUGAAUGUUCUCAUGGGAGAAGUUCGAGUCCGAUUGCAUUAAAGUAGAUGUAGCUUGAGUCCGUCAAUGCACCCACCUCUCCCUUCA